UGACGUUGAAUUCAACCAAUUUCAAUUGUUUCGAGUAUCUAUUAUUCGACUGGAAUCAGUAUCUUAGUCACAUUAAGUUCUUGCUAAGAUUAACAAAGCGUUUUUCGGCUCUAUAAAAGCUGUAAAGAUAAAACAAUUAGCUUUCAGUUCGUAAAAAGAACAGCUAAUUCAGUCUUCGCGUGAGGUUGUACCUCACAGUUAAUCCAUAGUGUUUCAAUUCUCUUUAGCUACUAUUAAUAUAAUGUUACGUGUUAGUUAAGCGGUUGAAUUUUAAACCGAAAAUAAAAAAAAAUAAAAUGGGAGUUGAAGAGCAACCAAAUCAAUUCACCAAUAAGAGCACUGAUCAGAUAAUUGAUUAUAUACCAGAAAAGGAACCUCUAACAUGGAUGUUUUGGAAAAAGCGUCGGUACAUCGUUGUAGUGUUAGCAUUUUUCGGAUUUUUCAAUGUGUAUUCACUGCGAGUCAAUCUGAGUGUUGCGAUUGUAGCGAUGACGGAGAAUCGUACGAUUGAAUAUGCUAAUGGAACGUAUGGACAUGAGCAAUAUUUUAAUUGGAAUUCAACUGAACAAGGGCUAAUUUUGAGUGCAUUUUUCUAUGGUUACAUUUUAACUCAACUUGCCGGUGGUUAUUUCGGUCAAAAACUAGGAGGCAACAUUGUUUUCGGUGCUGGUAUCUUCUCGACAGCUGUCCUCACGUUACUUACACCACUCGCCGCAACGGGAGGCGUGUAUGUGCUAAUGGCUGUACGAGUAAUUGAAGGAAUAUUCGAAGGUGUUACGUUUCCAUGUAUUCAUUCCGUUUGGUCAAAAUGGGCACCGCCACAUGAACGUUCCAGAAUGGCAACAAUUUCUUUUGCCGGUGCAUAUGCCGGAACAGUUGUAGCGAUGCCGCUUAGUGGAAUAUUAGCUUCAAGUUGGGGUUGGGAAAGCUUAUUUUAUUUCUUUGGUGCUAUCGGAGUUGUUUGGUUUAUAAUUUGGAUGAUUGUGGUUCGUGAAAGCCCAUCAAAAGAUCGUUUCAUCUCGAAAGAUGAACUGGAUUACAUAAACAGUUCGUUGGGAAAUAUGAAGAAACUUGCACCUGUACCGACACCAUGGAAGGCAAUAUUCACUUCCCCACCGCUGUAUGCGAUUUGUGCCUCACAUUUUUCUGAAAAUUGGGGAUUUUACACUUUAAUUACUCAACUGCCGACAUUUUUGAAAGACACGAUGGGCUACGAUCUAAACAAAACUGGGUUUUUAUCAGCAGCUCCCUAUCUAGCCAUGGGAAUUUUAUUAUUUGUCGCCGGAUAUAUGGCAGAUAUAUUUCAAGUAAAAGGAUGGUUAACAACUACCCAAGUACGAAAAUACUUUAAUUGUGGAGCCUUUUUGUUUCAAACUGUUUUCAUGAUGUUGGCGGCGUAUUUGCUACAUCCGGUAUGGAGUGUUGUGUGUAUAAUAAUUGCAGUGGGUUUAGGCGCCUAUGCUUGGUGUGGUUUUGCCGUUAAUCACUUGGAUAUAGCACCCAGACAUGCAAGCGUUCUAAUGGGCAUAACAAAUACCCUAGCCACGAUUCCUGGAAUCGUGUCACCUACUUUAACCGGCGUGUUAGUGAAAAAUAAGGAUGAGAAUGAAUGGCGAAUUGUGUUUUAUAUAUCGUCCGGAAUUUAUUUGGUCGGUUGUGUUAUCUAUUGGUUUUGGUGUUCAGGUGAAGUGCAACCAUGGGCAGUUGUAGAAGAGACUACCAACGUUGAAGAUUCGGGCGAUGUAAAAGGAGAAGCGGAAAUGAAAGAAUAUAAAUGAGAUCACCAUCACG